GUUCGAUAGUGGAAGCUUGUUGAUGUCGGGAGGUUCUCGGUCUCCACGUCCAGCGCAAACAUGGGGAAAUCAUUCGCUAACUUCAUGUGCAAGAAGGACUUCCAUCCGGCGUCCAAGUCCAACAUCAAGAAAGUAUGGAUGGCUGAACAGAAAAUAUCAUAUGAUAAGAAGAAACAAGAGGAGUUAAUGCAACAGUACCUUAAGGAACAAGAAUCAUAUGAUAAUAGGUUGCUUAUGGGUGAUGAACGUGUAAAGAAUGGCCUUAAUUUUAUGUAUGAGGCCCCACCAGGAGCUAAAAAAGAAAACAAAGAGCAAGAAGAUGCAAAAGGAGAGACGGAAUACAAAUUUGAAUGGCAGAAAGGAGCCCCACGAGAAAAAUAUGCAAAGGAUGACAUGAAUAUCAGAGACCAGCCAUUUGGUAUUCAGGUGCGGAAUGUGAGGUGCAUUAAAUGUCACAAAUGGGGUCAUGUCAACACUGAUAGAGAGUGUCCUUUGUUUGGUCUUUCUGGAAUCAAUGCAAGUUCAGUCUCCAAUGAUGGCUCAGGGCCAUCAAUGCACCCCUCGGAGCUAAUAGCGGAGAUGAGAAACAGUGGGUUUGCACUAAAACGAAAUGUACUGGGGAGAAACUUGACCGCAAAUGAUCCAUCACAGGAAUAUGUCGCAAGUGAGGGUGAAGAAGAUCCAGAAGUUGAAUUCUUAAAAUCACUAUCAACUAAACAAAAACAGAAACUACUCAGGAAAUUGGAUCACCUUGAGAAGAAAAAGAAGAAAAAGAAAAAAGAUAGAAAGAAGCAGCAGCUGCAAAAGAAGAAAAGCAGAAGUAAACACAGAAAACAUAAGAAUAAGUCCCCCUCCUCCUCCUCUUCCUCUAGUUCUACAACCUCCUCUUCUUCCUCUUCCUCCUCUUCUUCCUCCUCCUCAUCUUCCUCCUCCUCUUCUUCCUCAUCUUCCUCUUCUUCCUCUUCCUCCUCCUCUUCCUCCUCCUCCUCCAGUGAAACUUCAGAAAGCAGCAGUGAGAGUGACAGCAAAGAGAGAAAAACACGGAAGAAGAUGGCUUCUAAGAAGAAAAAAAAAGCCAAGUCUUCAGAAGGUGACAGCAGUGAUUCAGAAGGGAAGGGGGGAAAGUCUGGGAGGGCGAGACUUGAUAAAGAGACCUCCGGUAGUCACAGUCACAAGGAAAAGGUGAAGGAGAAGUUGAGGUUUUCAAAGCAAGAGAGUUUUGGGGACAAUAACAAGUGGAGCUACUGUGGUUCUGAAAGAAAGUCCAAAAGGCAGAAUCACAGCCCAGGCAAGAGAGAAUCUGAGGGCAAGGAGAGAUAUAGUAGGAACCAAAGCAAGGAAGACAGAGAUCAUAGAAGCUCCAGCACAAGUCACAGCAGUUCUGGGCUAAGACAGACAAGAAAGAGACCAGGCCGGAGCCCCAGCGAAGAGCAGAGCAGAAAGAGAGAGUCCCGAAGCUCCAGCACGUGUGUGUAUAGAGGUGAAAAGAAACACAGAGGAGACUCCAGGGAGGAAUGUGGUAGGGCGACACACAGACAUCGAAGCAGGAGUGGAGACCGAAUAAAGAGAGAGUAUCUGUGACAGGUACCUGGAAAUAGAAAUAGCUCCACUGUUUUAUUGACUACCUUCCCCAAGGGCUAAAUUAUGUACUAUUGUCUUCCUAAUAAAAAGCUCUAUUUUCAUUUUCC